ACAUGUGUACCACAAGACAUUGUGUAUAUGGUAGAUUCCUCUAGUUAUGUGGGCGUUGCAAAUUUUCGGUAUCAACUUAACUUUAUAAAGAACAACAUAAGAUACUAUAAUCUGAGCCCACAGUGCACGCACAUCAGUGUGGUGACAUACAGCUCUGGUGUGUAUAACCAGUUCUACUUGAACCAGUAUCACACCUUACAAGAACUCAACCGCGCCAUUGAUGGGAUCCAGUACCAAGCUGGAGGCAGCAACACUGCCGAUGCCAUCAACUGGGUCUACCAGAAUUCCUUCACUGCAGCCCAUGGUGGCCGCACGGGUGCCCCCCACUACGCAAUCUGGGUUGGAGGAAGCACCAGUGCUAACCCCUCUCAGACUGUUACAGCUGCUGAAACAGCGAGGAAUAAUGGCAUGAGUAUUUUUGCUGUUGGCGUUGGCAACGGAUACAAUUCCGGAGAGUUGAGAGGAAUGACGAAUAGCGACAAGAACAUGUUCACAUCCCAGAACUUCAACGCCCUCAGCACUCUUGCUGAACCUUUGGCUAUAAGAGUCAAUGGAGCUGUAACACCUUCAACCAAUCAAGGGAUGGGUGCACCCAACUCAUGUCUUCAAAGGGCUGAUAUUGCUUUCCUGAUCGAUGGUUCUGGCAGUAUUGGUUCAGCCAACUUCCUUAAGUUAGAGAACUUUGUGAAAGGAAUUGUGGGAAAACUUGACGUUGCCCCGGACAAGACACACGUUGGAGUUGUACAGUUCAGCAACUACCCGAAACAAGAGUUCCCCUUGAAUAUGUACACCUCCAGACAGGAUGUUAUGACAGGAAUAGACUCCAUGCACUACAUGGGUGGUGGCACCAACACGGCUGACGGACUCAAGUACCUGCGCGAGCACACGAUCACAAGCACUGCUGGAGCGAGUCCUAAUGUACCUAGAAUUGCCAUCGUCAUCACUGAUGGACAAAGCGCAAACCCGACGGCAACUGCUGCAGAGGCCGACAAGGCUAGACAAGAUCAUAUUGGACUCCUUGCUGUGGGUGUUGGAAAUGGUGUCAGUUUAAAUGAGCUAAAUGCCAUUGCGGACAACCCGGAUAGUGCAAACACGUUCACCGUCAACAGCUAUGACCAACUGGACAGCAUCGCUGCUCAGAUCAUUCAGCGAGCAUGCACAGUGCAAGCAACAGCACCUCCCCCUACUUCAGCCUCCAGUGUUACUCACCCUCCGGACCCGUGCCAAAACAAAUUACCAGACUGUGCGAAGUACGACAAGUCUGUGUGCUCCGGUACAUACUUUGGUUGGGCAAGGGACAACUGCCCUCGAUACUGCGGAUUCUGUGUCCCACUGUACACGGAACCCCCACCGCCGUGUGUUGAUAGUCUCUCCAACUGCCACUUGUUUCCGCCAAGCUCCUGUGUGGGCAACUUUACGGCGUGGGCUAAAGAUAACUGCCGCAAAUACUGUGGAUACUGCGAUGCAUCAUCACAGUCUGUUUGAUUCUAUGGCAAGUGUUACUACAAGAACCAGGUCUACAAACAGGGCGCAACGUGGGACGAUGGCUGUGACUACCAGUGCACAUGCACAGACGGAGCCACUGGCAAAUACCAGUGUUAUAACAAGUGCCCCGUGUAUUAUGAGCUGCCCUCUCAGUGCACACUGGUGAAGGACGAGUCCAACUGCUGUCUGCAGCCCGUCUGCGACUUCAAUCCCAAGAUCAAUUCCUUCGAAACAGUGCACCCAGGAAAAACUGUAGAUGGAAUUUCUGUAUGCGAUUACCAGGGUACCAACUAUUACCAGGGUCAGACGUGGAAUGAUGGCUGCCAGUACACAUGUCAGUGU